UACAUGCAAUCAGUUUCUCCCCAACCCUGCCCAUGUUUCAGAGAUGUUUUGUUGUUGCAGCUACUAAAUUCAGAAAAUGAACUUGAAAGAGUGGUGAGCCCUUUCUCUCCUGUCAAACGUCUACUGUUGUGGGCAACGGAGGAAGCAGAGGUCUGGACCAAAGAGCAAACUCACCCCAAACCAUUUCAGAUGGAGGUGAAUGCAGAUGAGAAGCGCCAUCGCACACGCUCAAAAGUGCCAGUGGAACCAGCGAUACCAGAGCUGUUCAGCUGUCCUACACAAGGCUGUGAUGGAAGUGGACAUGUCAGCGGCAAAUAUGCAAGACAUCGAAGUGUGUAUGGCUGCCCCCUGGCCAAGAAGAGGAAAACACUGGACAGACAGCCUCUGGAAGGCCUGGAGCCCUUACUGGAACCGCUGGAGCCAGACCCCAAGAGGAGACCCCUCAUAACCCACAUGGACAACUCCACUAUGGACGAGAGCGACGAGACAGACGGAACAGUGGAGAUGGAUGACAGAGAGGAGGAGGAAGAGGAGGUAGAGGAGGAGGAAGAGGAAGGAUACUUGGAGGACAAUGAGGAACAGAUGGAGCAGGAAGAAGGAGAGGUAGAGAGAGGGGAGGGAGAGGUGGAGGAGGUAGAGGUGGAACAAGGGGAAGAGGAGGACGGAGUACAAGAGGAGGAAGAAGAGGAGGAGGAGUAUGAGGAGGAGUAUGAGGAGCAGAGUCAAGGCCAAGAGCACGAUCAGAUGAAUGGCGGCGGAGGCGGUGGCGGCCAUCCUAAAUCCGGUCCGACGGGGGAGAAAGACGACAACAACAACGAUGAGUAUGAGAACUAUGAUGAGCUGGUGGCCAAGUCUCUGCUCAACCUGGGUAAGAUCGCAGAGGACGCCGCCUACCGUGCCAUGACCGAGUCUGAGAUGAACAGCAACUCCUCCAACAGUGCUGAGGAAGAAGAGGAGGAGGAGGAGGAGGAAGAAGAGGAGGAGGAGGAGGAGGAGGAAGAAGAAGAGGAGGAGGAUGGGGAGGGUGGGGAGGGCAUUCAGAGGAAGGGUGAGUUGACUCUGGAUGUCAACAGUGAUGUAGUGAGGGAAACGGUGGACUCUCUGAAGCUUCUGGCCCAGGGACACGGGGCUAUGCUCUCUGACAACAUGGAGGGAGGAGAAUAUGAGGACGGGAUUGGGGAGAACGGGGAAGCGAACCGUGAUGGAGGGACUGGAGGUGGUAACGGUCAGGGUAAAGCUUCUAAUGGACUGCAGGAGAGCGAUGAGGAGGUGUGUCUAAGCAGCCUGGAGUGUCUGAGGAACCAGUGCUUUGACCUGGCCCGCAAACUGAGUGAGACGCAGCCGGCUGACCGCUCGGGCACAGGGCUCCCGCAACAGAGCCACCCUGGCGGCGGGGACACCCAGGGACAGCAUCCCCACCCCCACCAGCCUGGGUACGGGGACCUCCAGCAGAGCCAGGAGGAGAGGCGCACCCUGGAGAGGAACUACUCCGACAUGGUCAACCUGAUGAAGCUGGAGGAGCAGCUGAGCCCGCGCUCCAAGGCCUUCUCCAGCUGCGCUCAGGAUGACCGCUACCACAACCACAUCCACGACCGGGACGAGGACACGCGGUCGGUGACGUCGGACCGCUCAGAGGAGGUGUUCGACAUGACCAAGGGGAACCUGUCUCUGCUGGAGAAGGCCAUCGCGCUGGAGUCUGAGAGGGCCAAGGCCAUGAGAGACAAGAUGGCUGCCGAGGCGGCGCGGAGGGACGGGGUGAGGUAUCAUCAUCACCAUGGAGACCAUCAUGGGGAGCACCAAUCGCGGCAUGGAUACGGAGAAGAGCGCAAGGCCCGCCUCCAUGACGGGAUGAAGAAGCCUUACUACCAUAAAAAUUCAUCGCGUGGAGACAAGAAAGAGAGCCGGUGCCCGACGCCGGGCUGUGAUGGCACGGGUCACGUGACGGGGUUGUACCCUCACCAUCGGAGCCUGUCUGGCUGUCCACACAAAGACAGGGUGCCACCUGAAAUCCUUGCUAUGUAUGAGAAUGUUCUUAAGUGUCCUACACUGGGCUGCACGGGACGCGGCCAUGUCAAUAGCAACAGGAACUCCCACAGAAGCCUAUCGGGGUGUCCCAUCGCUGCAGCAGAGAAGCUGGCUAAAGCCCAGGAGAAGAGCAUAGGAUGCGACGGCUCCUCCAAGUCUAACCAGGGCUCUGACCGCGUGCUCAGGCCUAUGUGCUUUGUGAAACAGCUGGAGAUCCCUCAGUACGGCUACAAGAACAACGUGUCCACCAGCACGCCACGCUCCAACCUGGCCAAGGAGCUGGAGAAGUACUCCAAGACCAGCUUUGACUACAGCAGCUUCACAGACAGCAGCCACAGCAACAAUGUCUAUGGCAAACAGGCCAUCGCACCCAAGCUCCAAGGCAGGGACACCUCUCCCAAAGGAUAUGAUGUCAAGCGCUACUGUAAGAACUCCAGCUCAGCGAGCAGCCCGAACAGUACCUACGCCCCCAGCAGCAGCAGUAGCAGCCUGAGCUGUGGAGGAGGGGGCGGAGGGGGAGGCAGCAGCGCCAGCUCCACCUGUAGUAAGAGCAGCUUCGACUACACCCACGACAUGGAGGCUGCACACAUGGCCGCCACGGCCAUCCUCAACCUGUCCACACGCUGCAGAGAGAUGCCCCACGGACUGGGAGGAAAACCCCAGGAUCUUUGCUCUCGGAACCCAGACCUAGAGGUGGAUGAGAACGGGACAUUAGACCUGAGUAUGAAGCAGCGUCUGGGGGGUGGUGUAGGUGCGGUGCUCACCCCCCUGGAGCCCAUGUCUCCCCAGCGCCAGGCGCUGAUGCGUUAUGGCAUGGGGGAUGACUGCUGGGACCUACCAGUCGACUACGCCAAGAUCAAAUGCAUCGACGAGGACAGCAAAGAGCCUGAUGACCUGGACCAGUUCCGGGAUCUGCUGGAGGAGCGAGGUUACUCUGGUGAUGUCACCAUGCACAGCCCCAAGCCCAAGUACGCCCAGUGCAAGGAGAGCAAGAAGGAUCUGAUAACUCUCUCUGGCUGUCCUUUAGCUGACAAAAGCAUUCGAAGUAUGAUGGCCACCAACUCACAAGAGCUCAAGUGCCCGACACCGGGGUGCGAUGGUUCUGGGCAUAAUACUGGCAACUACGCAUCACACAGAAGUCUAUCAGGGUGUCCGCGGGCCAGGAAGAGUGGGAUCAAGAUCACACACAGUAAAGAGGACAAGGAGGACCAAGAGCCCAUCAGGUGUCCGGUCCCGGGCUGUGAUGGUCAGGGUCACGUGACGGGGAAGUACGCGUCUCACCGCAGCGCAUCGGGCUGCCCCCUAGCUGCCAAGCGACAGAAGGACGGCUACAUGAACGGCUCCCAGUUCACAUGGAAGGCUGGGAAGACAGACGGCAUGUCCUGUCCCACCCCGGGCUGUGACGGCUCGGGCCACGUCAGUGGGAGCUUCCUCACGCAUCGGAGUUUGUCAGGCUGUCCGCGUGCCACGUCUGCCAUGAAAAAAGCCAGACUGUCUGGACUGUCAGAAAUGCUAACGAUAAAACAGCGCGCCAGCAAUGGAAUCGAGAAUGAGGAAGAGAUGAAACAGCUGGAUGAAGAAAUCAAAGAUUUAAGUGAAUCUAAUUCACAAGUGGAAGCAGAUAUGAUCAAACUUAGAACACAGAUUACCACAAUGGAGUCUAAUCUGAAGUCAAUAGAGGAAGAAAACAAGGUGAUUGAACAGCAAAAUGAAUCUCUCCUGCAUGAGCUGGCAGGUCUCAGCCAGACACUGAUUAACAGUUUAGCUAAUAUCCAGCUCCCUCAUAUGAAACCGCUUGCACACAAAGAGGCUCCCAUUAGAAAUAACAGCUGCUUACAGAUGCAUCAGAUAGAGCCGAUCAGCGAUCAGAACUUUGAUGCUUACGUGACCACGCUAACAGACAUGUACACCAACCAGGAGCAGUACCAGAGCCCUGAGAACAAAGCCCUGCUGGAAAACAUAAAACAAGCGGUGCAAGGAAUCCAAGUGUAGCCCAGCCCACUAGCCCAGCAAAAGCCAGAGCUUCUUCUCAAAGAGGAGUGAAGGAAAACAACAUCCACAGGAAAGAACUAGAAGUGACAUAAUUGGAUGAUGCCUCAUGGUUUGCUGCUGUAACUUAUCAUACAGUGUUAGAUAUAGAUUUUUGAUCUUCAACAAAAGAAAUGUUAUGCUUAGAAAACUUCAUAAUGAUUUUUCUUUUUGGUCCUGCUUUGAAGAAAAAAAAGUAAAUGGCAGAAUAGUUUUUGAAGACAUUCACAUUUUGUACGUUUUCAUACUGUAUGAGCUGACAUAGUGUGAUGUAAUGUUUCUAGCUGCUCAUGUAUGCACAUUUUUUGUGUAUAUUUCUGAACAGUAAGCUGAAUAACAUAGGACUUUAGUUCUUUUUAUGCUUGAUGAUGAAGACUUUUAGAUGAAAAAGCUGCUCUGGACAGUGAAAACAAAACAAAAACAAUGAGGGAACUGCAAGGAGGUAGCAACUUUUCAAUUAUCUUUUCCUCAGUGGAUGAUUAUGGAAUUCUAAAGAUGUUUUUUCUUCUUCUUGUGUGCAGAUUGUUGAAUAGCAAGACUUGGUUGCAAAGUACCUUUUUUUUUUUAAAACCUUUUUUAAAGGUUGGUAGCUGAAGGUGGGGACAUUUUUAAUAGGUGUUAGAAAUGAGUAUGGAAAGAAACUGACUUGAUGUUUGUAUGAAUGUUAUAGUUUUAUUGUAAACAUCAUGACACGGAAACCCAAUGGUGGAAAUCCCAUUGUCUUGAAAAGGACUAUUCACGCUUGAUAUUUUGUGUUGGUAGACACCCAUUGUCAUUCAAUCAGCAACAAGGUGAUGUAUAAUGGCAAUAGAGUAUAAAGGCAUCUUUCUAGCAUUUAGUAGUAGUUCUGGUUCAAAUUUCAAAACUUCUGUUGCUAGAAUCGGGGCAAUGUCUCAGCAAUGUAUAUCUAAAUCAAAUGUUUAUAAUAGAUAUGGGAUGCAAAAAAAAUGUUUGGGUAUAUGCAAUUACCUGUUUAUAAACAUAGGGGGGGAAACAAAUAAAUAUUUUUACUAUAGGUAAAAUUCAAAAUAUUAUAUAAACCUUUCAAUACAAAAAAAAGUGUUUAAGUUGGACAUUCAGUUUUAAAGAUGAAAGAUGCUUUACGAGUUCCACUUUCUUUACAUAAAAUUUUGCACAAGGACACCUUUGUUUCCAUGUUUUGAUGUUUCUGCAGAAACUAAAGCAGUACCUGAGACCAUAAGCGGAGAGUAACAAGAGAUUUGUAAAGAGUAUUUAUACUACAGUAUGAGAAAGAGCGGGACUUACAGGGUCAUUGUCCCCACUUAUGUGCCAGUAGACUAUUUGCACUUGUCCUACAGAUACUAUCCUAACAUGCGGCGGCGUGCAAUUUCCAGGUGUUUGUUUGAAACAUGAUUGGAGCAAAUAACUGCUUGAAGCCAGUAGGUGAUGAAUUAGUUCCACUGAAGGAGACUACAGGGAUUUGAAUCAGAAAUUAUGAUUAUAACCAUACCAGUAAUACUCUAUUAUCAAAUGUUAAACAAUGAUGCUAUUUCAUUUUGGUAUGUUAUAUGACUAUUAAAUAAUCCCCAGCAGCACUUUAUAUCUAAUCACUGUACAAAUUAAAUAGUAAAUCAAUUAAAGGUUAAAAAAAAAGAAUUGAAAAGACGGUGUAUUGUCUUUUAGUUGAAUUCUGAAUGGGGGGAUGCAGUUUCAUGUCUGUAUGCGGCCCCUCUUUCUGUUGUGUUAUUAGUUGUUAGCGACCAUGUUGAGAAUUUGCCUUUUUAAGAGCUAAUGCAAAGGUGCUUGUCGUUCACCUGAUCUCAUCUAUUGUACUUUUACGUCCUCUUUUAGGGCUCCUUUCUCAAUGGCUGAAUAUGCCUUUCUCCACAGCAUCGUGUCUGCAGCUUUUUGCCAAUAUAGUAACGCUUUCAGUAGAGUACUAGCUAGUAUCAGUUCUUGAAUUAAUUCUCAUUAUCAGUACAAUGGAAAGGGAUUUAAAGCACAAACCGGCUGCUCAUCUACCGUUGGUACAUAAAAUCACAUUUGAAAAAAGUUAUCUAUGAAUAUUUACAUAGGGGACACAUAUUAGAAUGCUGAAUUUUCAUAUAAAUUAUUGUGAAUUAAUCAGAGUUUAUUUAUUCUAUCUUAUUCAUUUUGAGGUUGGUUUAAGUAUUCAUUAAGAAGACAGGAUUUUGUAUAAACUAUUGUGCUCUCUGUGGAACUGAAGUUUAAUUUAUUUUUGUACUACACAGCAUGGAUUUGUUGACAUUUUAAUUUUGCUAUAAAUGUGUGAGAUCACAAGUUGCUGUGAUAUUUCAUUUUUAAAUUGUGAACUUUGUAAAAAUUUUGUCAUGCUAGAUGUUGACACAUCUUACUCUGAAUAAAGAAAAAUUGUGUUGCCACAGGCCUGCAAGCUUU